CCUUUAAUCUUUUUAGCUUACCCUCUAGAUUUAAAAUUGUAACGCUUUUGGUUUCGAUCAAUGUUAAAUAAUAAUAAAGGUAUUUUUUAGUUCAUUUUUAAGCUUAUGUCAAUAGUGCUGCCAGAGUUUAGGACGAAAUAAGUUUUGUGCCCAAAAAUGAACAAAAACAAAUUUUUAAACUUAAUAAGUACAAGCCAACUAUUUAUGUUUAAGAACUUUCGAAUAGAUAUUAUCAAAAAGUAAUAAUUUGCUGAUUAUAGCUACUUCCACAUUAAUAUCCCUGAAACCUGGCAUCACUGGUCCGUCGAUUGCUCGCUAGUAAGAUACAAAAAUGAGCAGCACUGCACCAGCUUACUACAAUGCGGAUGCAGUGCGUCAAGUUCUCACCUGGCCGCUGGUCAAUAGAGCAGUGGAAUCAGCACUUGUAGCUAUAGUUAAGCAGAAUCCGGAUACCGCCGCCACAUCCUUUGCCAUCCAACCGAAGAGGAGUUUCGUCGCUUGCGGCAAUGAACCUGGUAAAAUUCUGCUCACCAUGCCCGCCUAUGUGGGAAACUACAGCCUGGAAUCACCAAGAUCUCCUGGGGAAGCGGAGCAUACUCGCUCCACAAUAGCCUGCAAGUUGGUGACCUCGUUCACAGGGAAUCCCCUGCGGGAUCCCCCACUGCCCAGCAUCCAUGCGCAUGUGAUGCUGUUCGACAAUCAAACUGGCCAACUGUCGGCCAUAAUGGAGGGCACGGAUUUGACCACCUGGCGCACUGUGUCCGCUUCGCUGGUGGCCACCAAGUAUCUGUACUUCAGGCGCUUUGGGUCGAAGACGGAGCAUGAGAGGACUAUCAACGUGGCCAUCCUAGGCUGUGGAGUCCAAGGGCAGCUCCAUGCCGUCGCCUUCUGCGCGAACUUCCGUGUGAAGAAGCUCAAUCUUUACAAUCGCACGCUGGCAAGAGCUCAGGGUUUGGCGGACCAACUGCAGCGGGAGCUGGACACCGAAAGUGGAACCCAGAUUAAAGUUUGCCCAAGUGCUCACGAGGCUUGCCAGGAUGCCCAUGUCAUCUGCAUUGCCACGUACUCCACGGAAGCGGUCAUCAAAUUUGCGGAUCUGAAAGCCAAACAGGGUGUUCAUAUCAAUGCGGUGGGAGCCGGCGAAGUUCACUUUUCGGAGUUGGAUCCAGACAUUUACCACCAGUCCAAGGUCUACGUGGAUUGCUAUGCCAAUGCCGAAGCUGAAUUGGUGGGGCUACCUGCCCCGAUCACCGCAGAAGUGGGACAGAUCAUUCUCAGUGGAAACUAUCCCAAGGAGGUAGAAAUCACCAUCUUUCAAUCCAUGGGCAUGGCCUCUGAGGACGCCUGCGUGGCCCAGGCGGUUCAGGAUUGCAUUCUCUCUAGCGCAAAAGAUUCCUGAUUGCUGUCCAGCUGGCAAAGCAGUUCCGGAACCAGCCCAAGCCAAACCACUCAAUGCUUAAUCUUAUAUGUGUAUAUGUGUGUAUAUAAAAAAGCUAUCGGAAACAU